UCUGUUAUCUGUGAACUGUCGAUGAGAAUCAAGGAUUUAGAAAAAUGAAUGUGAAUAUCAACUACCAUUUUACAAGGGUCAUUGUGCUCAUACUAACUACAGAACUACCUACAGUACUAACUGCAGCACUACCUACAAAACCAUCUACAGCCACAAAAUGCAAUGCCCUUCGCAAAGGGAUUAGACCUGCACUUUACUGCAGUGUCACGGCUAACGGGAAUUCUAAAGGAGCUCCAUGUAUUUUUCCAUUCUUUUACAAUGGAGCGUUUUACAAUGACUGUGUGAUUUUUCAUCACCCUAACCCAUGGUGCAGCACGACUGAUAACUACACCAGAGAUGGAAAGUGGGGAGAAUGCCUUGACUAUGAUGUUUGUCAACGUCACAACAAUCUGUCUGAUCCAUGGAGGAACAUUGGUUUUAACCUCAGCUCUUACCCUAACUUGCAAAUGAAAGACCUGAACUUGCAAGAAGGAUGGUACCGCUUUAAAGGUUUUAGUGGGGACCGAAUGGCCUACUACUGCAUAAGGGACACUGUCAGUGUACAGAAUCUAGACUGUGGUGCAGGACUGAUCCUCUACUACCUCGUUCCAAUCAGAGGAGUUUACAGGACAUGUCAUUCCUCCUGCAGUAAAUCUUCCUGUGGGCUGAAUAAUUACUGUAACUCAUCUGAUGGCAGCUGCAGGUGUGACUGUGGUUUUGGCAUCCAGACCAAAAAAGGCUUCAGUACAUGCACUGCAGUACCUGAAGGACUUUGUGUCAUUUUAGUGAUAAGGUAUGACCUGUUGGACAUGCGUAAUACCGUCCUCCUGCAUGCUGAAGUGAAUAAGAAGGAUGGAGUAAAAACAAAUAGUGCCAUCAAUAACACACAGCUCAACAACCCAGUCAACAUCAUUGUGACACAUGCUACAGCGGUGGCCGUUAAUAGCUCUAGGUUUUGUUUGACCUGGGAAAAAAUAGUGAAUGGCAGUUGCAGAGUCAUUCCAAUCGACAGUAAUCGCACUAUGUGCUCCUGUGAUGACUCAGAAAUAUUUGAUGACAUCAACCAAGGGUUUACAGGAGAGCGUUUGGACAUGUUAAUCGUUGUGGCUACAGCCAAUGGGGCUGUUGUUCCUGAGCUUGACCCUACUGACCUUUGUUCUUUGUGGAAGACAACUAAACGUAACCAACACAGCUCAGGUCAACCUGUGCAUAAGCCUGCUGUUGGCCCACCUCCUCUUUCUGUUCAAAGGGGGGCUCCUGAAGUACAUACGUGCUAAUCUGUUGGCGUGUGCAGUGCUGGCAGGCUUGCUGCACUUCCUCUUCCUCUCGUCUUUUGUGUGGAUGUUCAUUGAUGCUGUUCUGCUCUUCAUCUCUGCAAAGAACCUCACAAAGAUCAGAUCAAAGCAGAAGAAGAUGCUUGGUUGGAAAUAUCUGACUGUGAUUGGAUAUGUUAUUCCUCUGCUUGUGGUGGGUGUGUCUGUUGCAGUGGUGCCUAAUGGAUACAGCAGUAAAAUAUGCUGGCUUGAGAACAACAGGGGCUUUUAUUGGAGUUUCUUGGGCCCUGUGUAUUUCAUUCUUGCGGCAAAUGUGAUUCUCUUCAUCACCAUCUUCAUCACUGUCACUUUCAGCCUGAAAAGCCUGAACAAUGAGAUCUUGCAGAGGACACAAACUCAGGCUGAUAAGAAACUCA